UUGGAAAUUUCCAAUUGAUGCGAGGCUACGAAACGCACCUGCGCUCGAGGCUAGGGUUCCUGACGUUUGUUACUAGACGGAAUGUUUUGUUGGUUAGCGCGUCAACUGUCGACAUCGACAUUUAUUAUAGUCUACGCCGCAGUUGGUUGGUUUAUCGAAGCAACAAGCGAUAUGCCGGCAAGAAAGUGGUGUUUUAUACCAAAAUGUACUAAUACGUCUGUUAAAACCCCUUCGAAAAUUUUUGUGACCGUCCCGGUAGCCCCGAAAAGACGAGAAAACUGGUUUGCAGCGGCUAGGAGAAAUGUCACAGAAGUAUCUCCAACAUCGGCUGUGUACUGCUGUGAGGAUCAUUUUGAUCUAGAAAAAGAUAUGGAAAAUUAUAUGGAGUAUAAAUGGAGCAAUGUCAAAGCCCGUAUGAAACGGGAUAUUGUGCCGCAUAAAUUUGUUUGCGAACCUGAUGGGAAUUUGUUAGGCAAAACGAGACAGCGGAUUUUGGAACAAGUACAAGAAGAUGCGACAGAAUCUUGCCCCUCAUUUACUGUUCCCGAAACUUGUGAAAAAGGAUGCCAAACAGGACCUAUACGUUUUAGUAGUAAAUAUGUGCAAACAGUCCCAAAAUUAGAAAAAAGGAACGCUGCAAUAUCACCUAUAAAAUUUCAAACGGCUAAAGAGCAGUCGUCAAAGCCCACCAGAACAAGAUUACGACUUAAAAGUGAACAUUCAGAUUUUAGUAGCGCCUAAACGGACAUUUAUUUAGGGGCCGUAAUUAAAAGUAUAUACAGGGUGUCCGACAGAGUUAAAAUAUCGCUGUACCACAGAUUUGUCUUGGAACCAGUUUAGAGACUUUAUGUUUUAUAAACAUGUUUCUUAUUUUUAUGUAUACAUAUAAUG